GAGAGGGAAUGUUAUGGUAAAGUGAGUGAGUGAGUUGGGAAGGUAAUCAUCCACACCAGCCGAUCCUUAAAGGGACGGAGCCGAAGCAAGCCUUGUCACUGCAGGAACACACACACACACACACACACACACACACACACACACACACACACACAACAGGAAGAGGUUAACACUCCGCUCCAUCUCGUUUCACUCGCCCUUGCUUUGUAGUAGUAGUAGUAGUAGUAGUAGUAGUAGUAGUAGUAGUAGUAGUAAUGGUAAUAGUGUAGUAGUAGUAGUAGUAGUAGUAGUAGUAGUAGUAGUAGUAGUAGUAGAAAUAGUAGUAGUAAUAGUAGUUGUUGUUAUAAGAGUAAUAGUAACAACGAUAAUAAUGGAUUUUUGUCUGUAUUAUUGUUUCCAUUAUUGUUAUGCCAGGUUCAAACAUUCACGUAUCAACCCACGCACGGCCACGUAUGAAGCAAAAUUAUUAGUUGGCAACGACUCGUAAGUGCAAAGUAAAUGUAACGUAGUGCGUGAUAACGUACGUGGCCAUACCUUGGAGCAUCGGGGGGGACGCCAUGCAGAACCAGGGCAUGCGUGAGGAUCUUAUAUUGUUAUGCAUGUUCAAUAAGAUUGUGGCUCCUCACUUUCAACUGGCAAUGUAUGUGGCUCCACACGCACAACGUGGCAUCAACGUGAUGCUAACGCGAGGCCUACGUGACGGUUACGUGGCGCCUCCAUGUUGGUUCCUUGUUCCCGCAAAGCAGUACGUAGGAGGAUACGUGGUAAUUGCGCGGUGGAUAACGUUCCCGCACCGAUGUGGCAACGUAGCGCGGGUGGAGCUGCCUGCACCACUUGAGGCUUGCGCCGUCAGUGACUCAGUGUCUCCCACACCACUUUACCUGCAGCAGCACCACCACAUCCCUUCAGCCCCUCCACCGUCGUCGUCUACGCCCGACUCCAUGCCCAAGGACACUAAGAGGCGAAGGAAAAGGUCAACCCCAGUGGCAACCUCUAAUGAGCCAUAUGUCCACCUUCGAUGUGAUGAGGUUGUGGAGGUGGAGAUGCACAGUGACGAGGCUAGAAGCACGGACUGUGAUGAGGACGACGAGGACGAGGCAGUAGGCAGCUGUGAGAAUAAUCGAAAAACAGCACCGAAGAGGCGGCGAAUGAAGAACCCCUCUGUCCUCCUGGAUGAAGAAACUGAGCGCAUGCUUGCGGAGUGGCUGGAGGAGGAGGCGGAAUUUAUAUAUAAUAAAGGUCUGAAGGAAUACAAAGACAAGGCCAAGGUAUGUCGUGCGUUCGACGAGAAGGCGAAGACACUGAAUCCCCCUAUAUCCGGUCAGGCCCUCCGCACCUGGUUCUUCUCCCACAGGAGCCGGUUUGGGCGUCUUACUGCAGAGAAGAGUGGACAGGGUUCCUGCAGGCAGCUCACCGACAGAGAGAGGUGGAUCCUCAACAUCUUUCACUUUCUACAGCCCCACAUAGUGCGGCAUAGGAAACCCAGGGUGUUGGCUGUCUCUCAGACUGCUGAAGCUGCCGCUACCCGUCCUCCCGCCGCACUUGGUCCUUCCCAGUCACGCAGCACCUCGCCAGAUGUGUCCUCGCUUGCCAUCGAGGAGCCUCGCUCCAGGAAGACACCAACCAGCGAGGAAGGAGUUCUGGAAACUAUCGUCAAGCAAGCAGAGGUGGUGCGGGAUAGGCUGGAAGGCGUCAUAGUUCCUGUCCAGGACCCUGACCUGUCCUACUGGCGUUCCUGCCUCAGUGAGUUGGCGAAGGACUGUGUUGGGGUUGGACCGGAGCUCAGGGUGGGUCUGAAGGUUGAGCUUCUCUCCACCAUUCAACGCUUCAGGAGGGCUACCAUCAAAGGACUCACCCGGCCAACAAAGGACCUCCAACAUCAUACCAACGCAGAACUCAACUGGGAAGAAGCCCCACCUGCCGCCGUAGCUCCACCACCUGUAAUAAAACCCUGCAGCCAACGUACUACCAGCGGCAGCCCGCCGCAUCCCAGACCGUGAACAUCACACCACAGUAGAUGACGAUGCUGCAGGCGCAGCGCACCCCUUCUCUCCAAACACCACGCACCUCCACACCAACAUAGAGAAACAUAACCAUCUUUUUAUAUCUCCUGGCUAAUAUUAAACUCUCUCUCUCUCUCUCUCUCUCUCUCUCUCUCUCUCUCUCUCUCUCUCUCUCUCUCUCUCAACAUUACUUCCUACAUAUUUACUUUUCUAUCUAUCCAUCCAUCUAUCUAUCUAUCUACCUAUUUACCUCGGCCAACCCUUGCCCAGCAAGAGUCCUGGACACCAACACCAGCUCAAGCAACACCGUAUGUUGCUAGCUCUGUCCCUCGUGCAUCAGGUGAGCUGAACGCACCACAUCAGUAACAUCGCCUAUACAUCUAUCCCUGCCAGUCCUGCCUCCACACCGGGAAACAAGACCACACCAUAAACUAUUUUAUAUAUUGUACAUUAUAUACACAUGUCUGUAAUAAAUAUAUAUUUAUGUAAGUC